GAUCGAAAUCAAAGGAUUAAUUUGGCGCUUCGUCCCUCCGAUUGCAUUGUGGCGCCCCCACAAAACAUGAACUGCAUAACAGACUGACUUAGUGACAGAAGCUACGAAAAAGAACGAAAAGGUUCAUACGGAAGAGUUUUUGUCCAUUUUACCCCUUCAAAAUUUUAGAAAUGUUUCACAAACUAUCUACAAUGAUACAUUUCAAGCAUAUUUCCAUCAAUGCUCAGAGAAAUAAUAAAAAAUUUUAAAAUCUCCUUUUUACGGUGCUAUUUGGAUGCCCAUAGAAAUGAGUCAACUUCCAUAAGAUGCCCUUCCGAUGCCAUCCAUUAAUUUCAGUGUUGUGCAGUUUAAUUGUGGUUGUGAUAACCUUUCUACUCCAAUUAAUUGCCCUUACUACAUCUUGGUGGUCCACUUACUCUGCAAAAACAGAACUGGGUAAACCUAGAGAAGAGGGUCAUUAUGGUCUAUGGGUGUUAUGUUCCACCAAAGCACCCCGACACAAAGAAGAUUGCGAUCCUUUGGAUACUUUUUUCCAAGUUCCAAUUUAUUGUCAAAUUGCUGGAAUACUUGCAGUCAUUCAUUUGUUACUUGUUCUCGCACUUUUGCCACUCGAACUUGUCUGGGCUGCACAUUUUUUUCGGAACCUUCAAAAUCUCAAACCUAAAGUUUUGUGCAUAGCUAAAGUCGCCGCCGCUGUCCUUGCAAGUAUUCUUUCAGUAUUGGUAGCUCUUCUUAUUAGUAUUUCUGAGAACAGUCAACAAGAAUAUCGUGUUCAAAAAGGGUGGUCUUUCUGGAUACAAAUAUUCGUGAUAUGUAUGGAUGUAAUGAUAGUUUUGCUUUACCUCAUUGAAAAUCGUCGAUUUUGGAAGCAGCUUAUACAACAACAAGUGGACCCUGAAGGAAAAGGUGCAGAAACUUACGGCAAUCCAACUUUUGAUGCUGAUUCACCAGAUUUGAGACGAAAUUACAUUACAAAUGGAGCCGUAAGCUUUACUCUAACAAGUGGUCAACCAUACAAUGCCCAUGAAGAUGAAAAAGUACCAACUCCCGAGUUAGAAAAAAAGGGUGAUUUUAAUUCUUUGGCUUAUGAAAAUGAAUCGUAUCAAGAAAAUUCUCCAGGUGCUGUUAAAAAGAAGCCUUGAAAUUUCUAUAAUUUUAAAGCUGUUUUCGAAAGCUCUCUCGUCACAUAAAAUAAGUUUUUUUACGAUUUAUAUGCCAGUUAUAUAAUUUAUUAUGCCUAUUUUAUUAUGCUACAAGUAAUAUGCCAUUUUUGCAAUUAUUGCAAAUUUGUAACAGUUACUCACGUCUGUUAGGUUAAGGCCUAUAUCUAGCAUCUAUCAUUUUUGCUAAUUGUGAAAAUGGCGAAGAACGUUAACCCGAAAAAAAAGCCACGUUUUGCAAAAUAAAACGCGUUUUUGAAACAUUUAAAUUUUUAAAAGUUACACCAAUGUUGCAUUGUUAUUUAUAAAGUUUUCAAAAUUAUUUAUUAAAAGUUUCAUGAGUUUAAAAUUAUAGCUUUUUUUCAAGUUUAGGGCGUUUGCCAAGACGAAAGAGCUUCGAAGAACAAAUUUCGUUAAUAAUUUAAUUGUAAUAAUUCAUCAUUUUUAAAUUAUAAUUUUUAGUAUAUUUGCGUUAAUAGCAAUUAUUAUCAAUAAUUUA